UUCAAAUUCUAACUGACACAGCUGUUUAUUUUUCUAUUUAGCAUGUUGCGUCGGCUGCAACUGGUGUAUUCAAUUUAAUUUGAUAACGUUUCAUUCUUCUAAUUUAAUCAAACAAUCAACAUUUUCUUGUUGAUUAGCCUCGUUUAUUAUCAGAGGAGUUUAAGAACAAGAUACAGACCAUCCAGUCUAUUGUGAUGCUAGCUGCCAGAACUGAUGCAGUCAUUCAGUGAUGCCAACCUCUGCUGCUGUGAAUGUGAAGGGAAAUUCCCUUCAGCGUCUGCACUGCUCCAACACUACGCGCGCCAUGCACUCGAAAGGGAAAAACAAGGUAACGGGGAGGGAAAUUCGAGAAGUUCGCGCUACGAUUGGCAGCCCUGGCGCUUCGACGACAUACUCAAGACGAAACGAAAGGGACACAAUUUUCUGGAAAGCGCGCUUCUCAGCAUAAACGAAACAUGUAGAAAACGGGCCAAACUUCAAACGGCCACUCUUGUAUCUACUAGCUCUGAGAACAGCUCACAUUCACUGACGGAAAAGACCACUCCAGUAUCUACCUGCUCUGAGAACAGCUCGGAGAGGUCAGACACAUCUGAAGCGGAAAUCAAAGGUGCUGAUCAUAGUCAAGAUAAUAUUGUACAAGAAACGCAAAGUUUGUCAAAUAAUUUCGAACGUAUUGGUAGGACUUACUCAAAAUAUAGCCCCAAAACUUCCAAAACAACUAGCAUUAUUCAGGAAAACUCAAACAAUAAUUUUGAAUCUAGUAGUAGUAAAAAUUCUUCAAAAAAUAUCACUAACGAUAUUAACAAUCCAAAAAUAACCAGCAUUAUUCAAGAAGGUCAGCGCUUAGAACACAACUCUAAGUGCAAGAAACCUUUAAAAUCUACUACAAAGGAUGAUCGACAAAAUAUCAAUAUUCUAAAAGAAAAAGAAAUUAUCAACUCAGAUCCAUCAAAAUUUACAAAUGAAAUCAACAUUGUUAUCGAUAAUCAAAAGUUUAAAGAUGAUAUUGAAGUUAGUAACAAGAUUUCUGUAGCGUAUAUCGGUAAUAGUCAAAGAGGGAUAGAUAUUGUCCAAGAAAAUCAAAGUCCCCCAAAUAAGUCUGAAUGUGCAAUCAAAAAAUGUAGCAAAAAACUAUCAAAACGUAUAACUGAAAGUUAUACUCUUCAAGAAAAUCUUAGUUUGAAAAAUAAUGCUGAAUCUAGUAGUAGCAACAAGUCAUCUAAUAAUGUUGGAGAAAUCCGUAUUGUUGAAGAAGAGCCAAAUGUUUUGAACGGGUUUGUAAGUAGUGUUGAGAAAUGUAGCGAAAAACCAUCAAAGUAUACCGCAAGAAAACGUAAGAAAUUUGAUGAGGAUAGUAUUACAAAUUCAGUAGAAGAAGGAUGUGGGCUUGAGAUUAUCAAGAUAGAAGAGACGACGUCUGUAAAUGAUGAUAAUAAUGAAUGUAUAAUAGUUGGACCAGAACAUAUACCCCCCAAAUUAUCCAAUAAUCUAGAACUUCCAUUAGAAUUAAGGACCUCAGAAACAUGUUUUAAUCGUGGCAACGAUACUUGUGAUGUUGUUUAUGACUAUGACGAUAAUAAUUGUAAUUUAGAUAAUAGUUUAGGUAAGGCUAACUGCGACAAUAAUAAUGUUAUUAUUUAUUACAAUGAUGAUAGUCAAGAUAAGUUACCAAAGAAAUCAACCGAAGAAGGGAGAAAACUGGAUGAAGAAUGUAGGGUUGUAACGGAAUGUGGUAGUAUAGAGGAAACAAAGAAGAAACUGUCCAAUCGUAAGCAGACUACACCAAAGAAAAUUGAAAGAGUUGGGUUUUUGAAAAUCGCUCCCCGUCCUGACGAUCUGCCAAGGGAUGAUACGGUGGUUCCGAGUAAAAAAGGGUCGAAAAAGAAGUAUUGUUGUCCGAUGUGUUCUAGGGUUUUCGGUUGGUCGACAGACCUUAAAAGGCACAUUUUAGUUCACACCGGCGAGCGACCCUUCAAGUGCAGCAGUUGCCCUUCAAGCUUCACUCGCAAAUUCCUCCUUCAAAAACAUCAAAACAAAAUGCAUCCCUUGAACGGUAAAUCCGAACGCGAGAGGCUACUCGAACUCAAGGUAUCAGAGAACUUGCAACAGUUGAAAACGAAAAUGCUCGAGUUGCAAAAAUCCAAAGAAAAUCCUAGCAGCAAGUCUGUUGAAACUGAAAACUCGGAACAACAUGAAGAAAUCGAUAUUAAACUGGAACCACCCUAUGAAACUUAUUUCAAAAUUGAGAAUAAUUCCGACGAAAAUUGGGAUUCCACCUCCAAUAAUAACAAUAAUAAUGACGGGGAGGUGGAAUUUUCAAAGGUGUGUAAAAAGGAAAAUGUAGUUUUUGUUGAACCAAUUGUUAUCCAGUCUUCAUAAUUGGCUGUAAUUAGUUGAGACAUUAGCUUCCAGCCGUCGAAAUAUUAUGGGCGUGGUCAGAUACAAGUGAGAUUCUCCAAAUAGAAAACAUAAAUACUAAUUAGGUUGACACAGAAUAACGGGAACUUUUAAAAACGCCAUAAAACAUUAGUAGGAAGGGCAAAAAUGAUUUUUCCAAACUAAUGCAAAGUUCAAAACUUGCCAUUUGAGAAUUAUUAAUAACAUCUAUCACUUCUUGACAAUUACUUCUUUAAGAUGGCUUCCUCCUAAACGAAUACAUUCUUGAAAUCUGUGUUCACGAUUCCUCAUCUAUUUAUUUAUUUAUCAUUUACAAUCAUCUUAAGGACAAAGAAACAGACUACAGUCCAAAACUUCUUUUCAUCCCAAUUUCAUAAAAUAAAUUGUCCAAAUCAAGCUUAUGUGCGACUUUUCAAUUCUUCACUAACUUCCACAUUGAAACAAAACACCAACACUUGAAACAAUUAAUUUUGAUAUUUAUCGCUGCAACAUCUGCGUUUCCUGGUCCCAUGAUCUGUCCACCUGCGAUUUUCUGUUUGUGGAGCUAUCUCAAAUCAAACGUUUUCACAACUUGACCAAUAACUGUGGUUGAAUCAUAACAGACAAUUCAAAAUGAAAUUAACAAUAUCCCAGCUGAAAUGUUGCAGCAAUCGUUCAGGAAUCUAAACACAUAUUUCAAGAGUGUAUUCGUGCAGGAGGAAGCCAUCUUGAAGAAGUAAUUUGUCAAAAAGUGAUAGAUGUUAUUAAUAAUUCUCAAAUGGCAAGUCUUGAACUUUACAUUAGUUUGAAUAAAACCAUUUUUGCCCUUCCCACUAAUGUUUUAUGGCGUUUUCAAAUGUUCCCGUUAUUCUGGGUCACCCAAUACUUAUCAUUUAUUAAAUAUUUCUCCGUUCUUAUUCUAUGGAUUCAUUCACCAUCCAACACACUUGAUGAUAAUAAGCUAUUUAUCUGGGUGGUGAUAUGAUUCUUUUUCAAUUAUAUUUUAUGCAUGUUAUUUGCAUGGCAUAUAUUCACUUUAAACUUAGCAUUGGUUGAGUGGAAAACAUUGAUUUAUUUAUAAGGGCCAAGACAUACGAGGCGUUUCUUCAGUCGGCAUAACAUGGAAAGAAGCUCUCCCAUUGGGUUGACAUAAUAUUGAGUGAGCUUCCUGUCCAGCCAAUCGGAGAGCUUCCUUCCCUGUCGUGCCGACUGAAAACGCCUUGUGUGGCUUGACUCAUAGGAGUGCUGACAGUGUAAAGUGAAUCUUAAUAAUUGUGUGGAAUUUUUAUUUUCUCAUACAAUCCCAUGUUACUGAAGAUAUUCAAUAAUAAAUUCAAUGUAAAAACUCAG